AUACAGGAGCAGGUGUUUAAGUUCCUGAAUUUGAUAUGCAGUUACACAGGGCGGUGCACAAUUGGACCAGCGUUGUCGGGGUUAGGCCGUCAUUGUAAAUAAGAUUGUGUUCUUAACUGACUUGCCUAGUUAAAUAAAGAUUAAUAAAGUUGGCGGCAUGCACAUUUAACGUUGGUUUGCGGACUGACAUAUAAUUGACAAACAUCAAGAGAAUGCUUGACAUUUAUACAUCCGGUGAAAAAUCCGUCUCAUUGUUCUAUUUGUGAUUCGCUUGGUGACAGGCGGCUAGGCUCCGGGACUGCAGCUGGAUGCAUCUUAGAUGCAGACAGAUAACAAUGGUUUGAAGUCUGGUUCGUUCGUUCAACGUUAAAUACCCAUUCAUUUUACAACGCACCAUAACAAUCAAGUUAGCUAACCAUGGCUAACGUCCCGAAAAGUCAGUGCUAACCUUGCUCCUGAGCAGAGCCAACUAGCCCUGGACUAAGAGCCAGUGAGUGUGGUGUUCAAGGUGUACUGUCUGUCAGUGAUGACAAUGGUGGCAGCAACUUACACACUGGUAUUACGAUACACAAGGACCAUAUCAUCAACAGCUAUGUACUUCUCUACAACAGCAGUAUGCGUCACAGAGGUUAUUAAAUUGUUCUUGAGCCUUGGGAUGUUGACCAAAGAAGCUGGCAGCUUUGGCAGGUUAAAAGCAUCCAUAGUUGAACAUGUGUUUCAGUGUCCAAAAGAGCUGCUGAAACUGAGUGUUCCCUCUGUGGUCUAUGCGAUUCAGAAUAACAUGGCCUUCAUAGCCCUGAGCAAUCUUGAUGCAGCUGUGUAUCAGGUGACCUAUCAGUUGAAGAUCCCGUGCACAGCCCUAUGCAUGGUCCUAAUGCUGAACCGCUCUCUCAGCAGGCUGCAGUGGUUGUCUGUCUGCAUGCUGUGUGGGGGUGUUGCUUUGGUCCAGUGGAAACCUGCAGAGGCCACUAAAGUCCAGGUUGAGCAGAACCCUUUUUGGGGGUUCAUGGCCAUUGCUAUCGCUGUAUUCUGCUCUGGAUUUGCAGGUGUGUACUUUGAGAAGGUCCUGAAGAGCUCAGACACAUCCCUAUGGGUGCGGAACAUCCAGUUGUACAUGUCUGGCAUCGUGGUCACCCUCGCUGUUGUUUACAUGACUGAGGGUACUCAGGUUAUACAGAAAGGCUUCUUCUACGGUUACACGCCUUGGGUGUGCUUUGCAGUUUUUCUGUCCAGUGUGGGUGGUUUGUACACAUCAGUGGUGGUGAAGUACACAGACAAUAUCAUGAAAGGCUUCUCUGCUGCAGCCGCCAUCGUUCUCUCUACUGUGGCAUCUGUCGCUCUGUUUGGGCUACAAAUAACUGUUAACUUUGCCAGUGGAGCAAUGCUAGUGUGUAUCUCCAUAUACCUGUAUGGACUCCCAAAACAAGACACCACCAAGCUUCCAAGAGCAGACACGGUUGCCAAGCAGAAACUAAUCACUGUUUGAGGCCUGGAAGAACUUAAACGUUUAUGGCCUUUCCUGACCACUGAGCUGGACAUGCCUGAGGCCCUCUGUUGCGUAUAGAAUAAGAGCGUCGGCAAGGAACUUUAAUUUAUCAUUAAUGCUGGAGCAUAAAUUAAGGGAUUUUAAAAUACACUUCAAUAUUGUGGAGCUGAGACAUAGAAAUUACCUGUUUUACUGCUGUUAGUCACGGACAAUAGUUACUAAUCUUUUGUCAGUCAUUCCACUUGUCACAGUACUAAAUGUAUAUACAAUCUCAUUGUUGUAGCUGUCAUUAUCUAUAAUACAAUCUUGGGUCGUCUGUU